AUGUUUGACGUCAAGGCCUGGGCUGAGUAUGUGGUGGAGUGGGCCGCAAAGGACCCAGACGGCUUCCUGACGACAGUGAUUCUGGCCCUCACGCCACUGUUCCUCGCAAGCGCUGUGCUGUCCUGGAAAUUGGCCAAGAUGAUCGAAGCCAGGGAAAAGGAGCAGCAGAAGAAGCAAAAACGUCAAGAGGAUAUUGCAAAAGCCAAACGACUGAAAAAGGAUUGAAGCAAAGGGGCUCUGCAGUCAGAGAGCAAUCACUUGGGAAACACCGUCACAUUGGAAGGCCCCACUAAGGUCUUCUCCUUAGAUUGUAUGACAUGUUAUUUAGCAGACAGGAUCUGACCAGGUUGAAGAUCCCCUUCCUCAAUACUGAAUUCACAUUUCAUCUUGGGUCUAGUUUGUUGGUGUCGGUUGGCAGUUACUGCAAAUUCGCAUUUGUUGUGUU